AAUCAACACAAUGCUGACCAUCUUUCUGUCUUUGGUGCUGCUGUUGUCCCAUUCCUCUGCAGUCAGAAACUUCAAGGACGGACCGGUCGUCGACGAAGAUGGCCGAGAGUAUAAAUCCGCCGGCGUCGGCGUGGACGAGGUCGACGCGACGAAUGAGGAAAGGCAACCCGUGCAGGUGACGUGCACGGAGAGGUCGAUGAUCAUAGAGGUGAUGGCCGACGUGUUUGGAUCGAGACGUCCCGUGUCUCCCGGAGAGCUUUUUCUGGGCGGUGCGGAGCAUUCGGGUUCUGGAGCGUGUCAGGCCCUCCCUGCCGCCGACGCCAAUUACAUCAUCAAAGCCGGGCUGCUGGACUGCGGCACCCAGUUAUCAUUAUCCGACGACUCCGUUAUUUAUUCCAACCAUCUGACCUUUUCACCUCAACGCCGUCAUGUCAUCACAAGGCUGACCCAAGCUGUUAUUCCCGUUUCCUGUCACUAUAGAAGGAGACACGUUGUGAGCAGUCACCCUCAGGAGGUCCCUCCCAUUAUCUCCUCUCCUACAAAGACCUCUCCUUUCUCGCUGAAGCUGAUGUCCGAUGACUGGACAAGACUGAGGCUGUCCAACGUUUUCUACCUCGGAGACUUCAUCAACAUCGAGGCCUCUUAUAUCAACCCCGGUCCAGAACAACGACAACUCUUUAUUGACAGCUGCGUCGCAACCCUGAGUGCAGAUUCAACAUCAGUGCCCAGAUACUUCUUCAUUGAAAACAAUGGGUGUCUAUCAGACUCAAAACUGCACACUUCCAGAAGCCACUUCCUGCCCCGAAGGAGAGUGGAUGUUGUCCAGCUGCAGCUUGACGCUUUCCGGUUUCAACGCGAUAAUAGGAACUCUAUAUUUAUAACAUGUCAGCUGAAAGCGAGCUCUGAAAUGUGGAGAAGCAGCCCUGUCAACAAGGCCUGCUCUUAUGUGAAUUCAAGAUGGAUAAACGUGGACGAGAGCGACGACGUGUGCAGCUGCUGUGAAAGCACCUGCAGCCAGAAUUUCCCCAAACAGGAUAAUAAAGAUAUAACACGUCACAAUGCGGAAGGUACCGUUAUCUGUGAUACCACCAUUCUGGGUCCUCUUGUGAUUCUACCCAACAAGUAACCAACACAUGAACAAUAAAUUGUUUUUAUUUGGG